UUUAAACUAGCACAACUUUAAGCUAAUCCCAGCAGCUUUGGCUACAACGUCACUAGCUACAAAUGUAUUUUUAACAAGCUUACACUUCAAAUAUAAAUAUAAAGUUGAAAAAAUUGAAACGUUUUGCAUACAAGACGCUGCGGUAAACGUUAGAAAGCAAUUAGAAUGUCAAGGCUUUUGUUGGCCCGAUCGCUGCGCCUUUCGCCUCAGCAUCGCUUGAGUGCUGCAUUGCAACUGGUGCGACAAUUUGCUGCCAAGCCGCCGCCCAAGCCCUCGACUGCGCCCAAGUGCCAGGACCCGGAGCCGCCGAAGCCCAAGCCGGGCUAUUUUCCCAGUGGCGGCACACAUGCCGUUAUGGAUGAUCUGCCCAAGCCGGAGGGGGAUUUCUACAAGGCCUGGAAGGCCAAAAAUUCCAAAUACAAUAUGGUGCUGCUCAGUUCGAUUCUGGCGCUCGUGGGCAUUGUCUUUGUGUGGAACACCACCAAUGUGAUGCCUCUGUGGGCAAACGUGCCCGAAUAUCCCUACACUGAGGAUGAAAUGGAGAAGUUUGCCGAGGAGGAGGAGCGCCGCCAGGAGGAGAAGGAAGAGCGCGAGCAACGCCAGCAGGAUCGCAAGGAGAUGAAGGAGCUGCUAACGCGACGUCGUCUAGCCAAGGAGGCGAUGCCGCGUGAGGUGGAGCUAAUGCAGAAGGAUCUGGAUCAGGGACUGGAGGGUAAUGAAACCGAUGAGCUUGUCAAGCUCAGUACAGAGCGCGAGGAGUUUGAAGCCUGGGAGAAGGAGGAAAUGAAGCGUCUGGAGGAGAAAGAAAAGGAGCGCGAAGCGUUGAAGAAAGAGCGCGAAAAGGCGCGUCAGGAGAAGCUAAAGCAAAAGGAAAAGGAGCGCAAAUUAAAAGAGAAACAAAAGAAUUAAACACACAAAUUAAACAGCCUGCUUAGCUUAAGUUAAAUAAGUUAAUUGCACUUAACAAAGACACUGCACAUGAGAAAAUUGUAACAAAAAAAAUAAUAAAUAAAGCGCUAUUGUUGCUGUAGGCAAAUGGAA